AUGGCAUCCACCAGCCCAGCCGAGGACAGCUCCCUGGCCCCGGCCCCCACAGCAACCCAGCAGCCCGACCUGGAAACUAGAAUAGAACCCGGCUCAGCAGUGAAGCCUGAGCCCAGCAAGGCCCAACAAGACAGAGAGGACAGGGAGGAUGAGGAGGAGGAGGAAGGUGGUGGCAGCCCUAUGCAGGAGGAGAACAGCAGAGGGCAGAAUCUGGACCCGGAGUGGGUGGAGGAGAGGUUCAGGAUUGACCGGAAGAAGCUGGAGAGCAUGUUGUAUGCUCCAACAAAUGGAGAAGGUGAAACAGGAGAGCAGUUUUUUGAGAGAGUGAUGAGAGAAACCGACACUCAGGUGAAAUGGCCAUCCAAGCUGAAGAUCGGAGCCAAGUCAAAAAAAGAUCCACAUGUGAAGGUGGAAGGAAAGAGAGCCAAUGUUUUAGAAGCAAAAAAGAGGAUACUGGAAGUGCUUGAAACCAGGGUGAAUAAAGUGACUCUAAAGAUGGACGUGGCCUAUACAGAACACUCCCAUGUGAUUGGAAAAGGUGGAGGUAACAUCAAAAAGGUGAUGGAGGUCACAUCCUGUCACAUCCAUUUCCCAGACUCCAACCGCCACAAUGCAACUGGAGAGAAAAGCAACCAGGUCUCCAUUGCUGGUCCCAUCAAUGGAGUGGAGGAGGCCAGGAGGAGGAUACGAGAUUUGCAGCCUCUGUCAAUGGCAUUUGACCUUCCUGUCAGCUUGGUGCCCCAGGCUCUGCCAGAUGCGAGCUCCCCCCUUAUCCAGCAGGUAGUGCAGACUCUGGGGGUCAGUGUGAGCUUCAGGGCAGUGCCACCACAUCCUCAGGCUCAACCGGCUUUCUAUGAAAGCUGCUGUACCGUGUGGGGCCUACAGGGCAACGCAACUGCUGUCAAGAAGGCGACGUGCAUCCUGAUGGAGCUGCUUCUUGGCUCUGAGCUUUCAGGUGGGAUAGUGAGCAGUCAGCUGGACGUCACUUCCCAGCAGCACCUCUUCUUGCUGGGCCAGAAUGGAGCUCACUUCCUGAGCAUCAUGCACCAGACACAGACCCAGAUCAUCCUACCAGACCUCAGUGCCCCUCAAAGCCCGCACUCUCUCCUCAUCCAGGGAAGCCCUGAUGGGGUGUGUCUCGCCCGGCAGCAGCUCAUGGACUGUCUGCCUGUGUGUUUGAUGUUUGACAUGCGAGAAGAUGGGGAGGCAGAUCCCUGUAAACUGGCUCAGAUGAUGCAAAACCUGGGAGUCUUUAUCAGUGUCAAACCCAAAAUAAAACAGACCAACAAGUCAGUGGUUGUAAAAGGUUUGGAGAGGAACAUUUCCUGUCUUUAUGAGGCUCGUCAUUUGCUCCUUGGUUUGGAUUCCUGUGAAGCCUCCAAGGGAACCGAGAUGACCCCUGACCCUAAACUGGCCAGCAGUGAGAUCACCAACUAUUGGCUCAACAUGCUGCUGCAGCAGCUUCGACUAUCAGAGCAGGGCUCAGUGUCUGCUCCCAUUCCAGAGGUGCUGACAGGCACUAAGCCCCGCCCAUCACCUCCGCCAGGCCUACCCCCUCCUGCUGAUGAGGGAAGAACAGUGCUGAAAGGAAAUGACAGCCGGCCACUCGAAAAGAUUCUUGAAAAUGAAGACCUGUCCGGCCAGUCAGAGGAUGAGAGCUCUAAGGUCAACGUGAUGGCAUCGUCUGAGGUGUGUGAUACAGUCAGCAGCAUCAGCAGGGUGGGACAGAUGGGUCGAAGGGGGAGCCUCCAGGGUCCUGAAAUCACCAAGGUUUUUGUCCAGGGCAGACGCCAUUCAACAGGCCAGGUGCUAACAUACAGAUUGCUGAAUACAGACAUGGAGGGAGGGAGGAGUGAGCGGAGGAAUAGCCUGAGGAGAGAUGUGGUGCUGGCUCAGGACAUAACCGCUGACUCAUCUAAGGCUGAGGAUUAUGACUAUGAGAAGAAGAAACUGCUUGCAACCCGAGCCAUGCAGAGGAAGCCUGUGGUCACAGAGGUCCGCACGCCCACAGACACCUGGAGUGGUCUCGGUUUCUCCAAGUCCAUGCCAGCUGAGGCCGUCAAAGAGCUUCGCAAUGUUAGCCGACGCAGCUACAAACCUUACCUGAGCACUAUUAACAGCCAGCAAGAGACAUGGUCUGCACAGGUGGGUAAAGUGUGUAACGGCAGCGACUCUGACAACUGGAGGGACCGACGUGGAUCCAUACCUUCAUCUCUGCCUGUUUCUGCCUCCUCCUCCUCUUCUUCCUCUGCUUCAUCCUCCCCCUCUUCACCUCCAUUGACCUUCUCCUCCAACACCUCCUCUUUCCCUGUGUUUGCAUCUUCAAUGAAUAGAAGCAGAAAUGACAAAGCCUCUGAGACCUACUCAAAUGGCUACUUUGAAGGCGGGUGCUCAUCGCGAAGGGCAUCAACCUGCAGUCAGCGAAGCCCUUCCCCCCAGAUGACCGAUGACCUGCCUGAGCUGCUCAGCCAAAUUGGCCUGAUUAAAUACAUUGAUGUGUUUGAGCAACAAGAGAUUGACUACCAGACAUUCCUCACUCUGUCUGAUGACGACCUGAAGGAAGUUGGAGUGUCCACCUUUGGAGCCAGGCGCAAGAUGUUACUGGCGAUCUCAGACUUGAACAGGAGCAAGAGGAGGCUCUCAGACACACCUGCGGUGAAGCCUGGAUAUCUGGAGGGAGGGGCAAGCGGUCGGCUACCCAGAAUCAUGGAUCUGGAGGUUGCUGCUCAGAGUAAUCGCUGGUAAAAGCAGCCAGCAAUGAGCUCCAUCCUGCUGGAGAUAAUUCACCUCAGAGAAAGUAUACAGAUGUCUAAUCUGCUUUCUAUUUACCAUAAAUGGGUGAGCAUGAAGUUGCCCUGAAGAGCAGCAAAGAUAAGGAAACGUUUGAAUCCAUUGCCUUUAAUCUACAGCCAUACCCCAAAGGUUUUUAUACGAUUUUAGACAAGGAGGUCUUCUUCUCUCAAACCUCUGAUUCUACAGAAACAAACUGUAAGAAACACAACAAAGACAGGACCAUGUUGAUCUUUUGUGGUGUCUUUUAUCAUGAUAAGUGCCUUUCUUUAGGAAACUUCUAUGCUUUGACCAGUGUUUAAAAUGGUUUAACCAAUAUUAUGCAUUUGUACAUAGAGAUUUAAAAGAAUAAAUGACAUUGUAUUAUAGUAGUAAGUGUGAUUAAAAUGCU